AUGCGUGAGAUUGUCCAUCUUCAAGCUGGCCAGUGCGGAAACCAAAUUGGCGCAAAGUUCUGGGAAGUAAUAUCCGACGAACACGGCAUCGACCCAACUGGGACCUACCAUGGAGACAGUGAUCUUCAGUUGGAGAGGAUCAACGUUUACUACAAUGAAGCCACGGGAGGGAAGUAUGUCCCGCGUGCCGUCCUGGUUGAUCUGGAACCAGGCACCAUGGACAGUGUCCGCUCAGGUCCAUUUGGUCAGAUCUUCCGUCCAGACAACUUUGUCUUUGGUCAGUCUGGGGCUGGAAACAACUGGGCUAAGGGACAUUACACAGAAGGAGCUGAGUUGGUAGAUUCUGUUCUAGAUGUGGUUAGAAAGGAAGCUGAAGGCUGUGACUGUCUGCAGGGGUUCCAGCUGACCCAUUCUCUCGGAGGUGGAACCGGGUCCGGGAUGGGAACACUCCUCAUCAGUAAGAUCAGGGAAGAGUACCCAGACAGAAUCAUGAACACCUUCUCUGUAGUUCCAUCUCCUAAAGUAUCAGACACAGUCGUAGAGCCCUACAAUGCGACAUUAUCCGUCCAUCAGUUGGUAGAAAACACAGAUGAGACAUUUUGUAUUGACAAUGAAGCUCUCUACGACAUCUGCUUCCGAACCUUGAAACUGACCACUCCAACAUAUGGUGACCUCAACCACCUGGUCAGUGCCACCAUGUCUGGUGUGACCACCUGUCUCCGGUUUCCUGGUCAGUUGAAUGCAGAUUUGAGGAAACUGGCCGUUAACAUGGUGCCAUUCCCACGUCUGCAUUUCUUCAUGCCUGGAUUCGCUCCACUGACCUCCCGAGGAAGCCAGCAGUACAGAGCUCUGACUGUCCCAGAACUGACGCAACAGAUGUUCGAUGCCAAGAACAUGAUGGCGGCAUGUGACCCACGUCACGGGCGUUACCUGACUGUUGCAGCCAUAUUUCGGGGUCGCAUGUCCAUGAAGGAAGUGGACGAGCAGAUGUUGAAUGUCCAGAACAAGAACUCCUCCUACUUCGUGGAGUGGAUCCCCAACAACGUUAAGACAGCAGUUUGUGACAUUCCACCCCGCGGCCUCAAGGUCAGUACAGUACAGUCUUGUUCA